CAGCGACAAGAGCGUCAGGCCUGAGCUGGGAUCCGGGUCCCCGCGACCGAGACCAAGAGGGAACGUCGAAAGUGGGCUCUCUUUUUGCGGCUGGACUGGGAGCCCGAGCCCCCAAUUCGCCAGCAUUCUGCAACCAACCAACCUACAAACCACCUGCACCACGACAAACAACGAUCCCUCGAGUCAUCCUGACUGCGCUGCAACCUCGUCGCGUAAACAAAGCAUUUCACGACUCACGCCCAACUUCCCAACGCCCGCCCCGCCACCCGAACCACGGCUCUCAAGACGACCUUGCCUGAGCGACUGGCCGCCAGUCCCAAUACCAAUCCCUCCCUCUCUGACCUCUCUGUCGCUCUCUGUCCCUCUCGCGUCAUCUCAGCCGCAGCCGCUUCCCAAGAUCAACCCCCGGGCACUCAUCCACAUCCUCGCGAGAGGGGGGCAAUGACCAUUCCCCCGCCGAACUAUGGCUGAUUCGGUCAGGUCCUCGGACAAAAUCCCCCGGUCCCCCCUCAAGCCCAAGGUCAUCCGCUCCCAAAAGAUCUCUGGCCCCUCGCCCAGUGAUCCGCCUCGCCCCUCACCUCCGCCGCCCCUUGCCGGCCCCGACGAUCUCGAGGACUUCAGCGACCGUGACCUCGAUCACCGCCGCGUCCCCUCCGCCCCCGGCGGCCCCGUCUCCCGCUCCCACACUCCCGGUCACCUCGCAUCCAAGAGCCAGGAUCGCCGCCGCAAAACCUCCGACCUCUCCAUCCGUCAGCGUUCGCAAUCCGCCUCACAAGCACAGGCGGCACAUCCACCUCCCCGUACUACCCCGACGAGCGCCAACACCCCCAAGCCGCCGCCGCCGCCGCCGCCGCCUUCUUCCUUCCGACCCAACAACACUACCGGUGAUGCCGUGACCUUGAACAGUAACGAUGGUUCCGAGUCCACCGGCGGCCCUGGAUCCGACCGUGAUGGCCGUCGCCCAGUUGCCAUGCGCUCCACGUCCGCCAUAGCCGGCAAGCAUUCACUCCCCCUCUCAUCUUCCUCAACACGCCAGCUUUCCACCACGACCUCUUCUUCCCGGUCUGCACCCAAGGGCCAGCACACCCUCUUUCCACCUCUUCAGGACCCCAAGACGGCGCCGGAUGUACCCUCAGCUCCUUCGUCGGGCAUGUACUGGUCCCGCGCGCCCGUCUCAGGUGCGCCUCACACAUCACUUCGCGCUCAUACAACGACGCUGGUUGGGUCCAACAUCUUCGUGUUCGGGGGUUGCGACUCGCGUGCCUGUUUCAGCGAGCUCUACGUCUUUGAUGCCGACGCUUUUUACUGGUCUGUACCGCACGUCACAGGCGAGACCCCUGUGCCGCUGCGGGCGAUGACUUGCACCGCUGUCGGUAAGAAACUUGUCAUAUUUGGCGGUGGUGAUGGCCCCGCCUACUACAACGACAUAUACGUCCUCGACACGACGAAUUUUCGCUGGCACCGGCCCAAGAUUACGAGCGAACGUGUCCCUUCGAAACGCCGCGCCCACACGGCCUGCCUCUACAAGAAUGGCAUCUAUAUCUUUGGAGGCGGCGAUGGUGUGCGUGCUCUCAACGACGUCUGGAGACUCGACGUCAGCGACAUGAACAAGAUGUCAUGGAAGCUUAUCUCUGGGCCAGAGAGGGCCCCGCCUCCUGGGGUCCGGGAAACUCGCCCGAAACCCCGCGGCUACCACACUGCCAAUAUGGUAGGCAGCAAGCUUAUCAUCUUUGGUGGCUCCGAUGGCGGCGAGUGCUUCAACGACGUGUGGGUCUACGAUGUUGACGCCCAUACAUGGAAGGCCGUCUCCAUCCCGCAGACUUUCCGCCGCCUGUCUCACACAGCUACCCUCGUGGGCUCCUAUCUCUUCGUCAUUGGUGGCCAUGAUGGCAACGAAUACUCCAAUGAUGUGCUCUUGCUGAACCUCGUCACCAUGACCUGGGAUCGCCGGCGUGUCUAUGGCCUGCCGCCCAGCGGCCGUGGCUAUCAUGGCACCGUGCUGUAUGACAGUCGUCUGUUCGUGAUCGGCGGCUUCGACGGCAGCGAGGUGUUUGGCGAUGUUUGGAUGUUGGAGUUGGCCGUGCAUUCAUAUUAUUCCCAAAUUAGCCACUUCACCAUCGAGGUUUGAGGCUUAUCCUUCCGUUGUUAUUGCUUCUUAUUAUCUUGUCUGUCAUAUCGUGACCCUUUUAUUUAUUCAUUUUAAAUCUGUUCAACUUUCGUCGUUCAAAUAACACACCCCAAUCUUCUCAGCUACAGUAUUUAUGCUUGAUGACGGAACGGCUUCAUAAAACCCCGGUGGAUGGCAGAGACAGGCAGGCAGGCAGGCAGGCAAGCAUGUAUCUUAUUUCUCCCUCUUGAAUAUAGUACCUUUUGAACCUGCCCCAGCAAUUGUUCAUUUAGUGUGACAUGGCACCUUUUGUGCGACACGACUGAUUCCCUGACUUCUAGAUCUCGCAA